CGGUUCGGCGGGAACAAAGGAAACCGAACCAUCAGGGAGAAUCGCGUCGAAACGAGACGCGAUCGAUCGAUCGUCCGGUUCGCCGACAUCGAGCCGCGGGGAUUCGCAAUUAUCGUGUCUCCUGUUGUGUCUCUCUGCCGACAACAGAUCGUCAAGCUUCCCUCGCACAGGGACGCCACGCACCGUGCUACACAUACCCGCCACCGUCGCCGCCGUUGUCAUCAUCAUCAUCGUCGCUCCUCUCGGAAUAAUAUAUCCAGUGUGUUUCUUGUGGCGAGCCGCGGCGAGGGACCCUCUUCACGGGAAAAUUUCGCUUCGACGCGCCACUCACGACACCCUCGACCAUCGAGGUCAGUUUUGUUGGACGCGCGACACCUGAUCACAGCAUCCGGAGGAGCGCGAGUACGGGAGACAGGUGAGACAGAGGAAGGAUAGAGAGGCAAACGGAGCAAGAUGGGAGGGAGACAAAGCAGAAGGUCCGUGGACAUAACGCCGACACCUAAGAAGGAGGGGUUACCGGCCGAUGGAAGUGUCGGAGAUGCCGCUGCACCUGGCGAUGGCAAGCUGGAGAGGAUCGAGGAAACCGACACGAAGCCCACCACCAACGGCAUAGCGCCGCACACGGACUCGACCGAGGAUAAAGACAAGGAUAAGGACGAAACCACGGAAAAAGAAAAGGAUAAAGAAAAGCAAGAAGAGGUAAAAGCAGAGGAGACGAAGCAAGAAUCGGCCGGGGAAUCUCCCGCGGAAACGACGGCGGAGGUCACGACACCCACAGAACCCACGGCCGCCAGUCCGAACACUACUGCUACUUCGCCGGAAAGCAAGGAAACCAAAAAGAAGGAGAAGAUGAAGAAAAAGUGGUCCUUCAGGUCGAUCAGCUUCAGCAAGAAGGACAAGAAUAAGCCGGCCCGCGAAGAAGCGCCCAAGAAUGGAGAUGUCACCAAGGAGGAAAUUCUCACAGAGGGUGGAGAAGAAGCGGAGAACGGUUCGGCAACAGCAGGUAGUCCGGUCGAAGAGAAGUCGGCAGUAAGUAGCCCAUCCGCGGAGACCGAAGCCGCCCCGGCGUCGGCGGCACCCUCCACAGAAACGAAGGAGGAUGCAGCAGCAACAGGAGCAUCAGCAACAGCAACGGCCGCUAGUAGCCCCGCCGAUGAAAAGCAGGAGGAACCCACUCCCUCUGCCCCUACUCCCGUCCCUGUCGAGGAAAACAAAGAGGAGGUCGAAAAAAUCGGGGUCGAGAAAAGAGUAGUCGAGGUCAGUCCAGCCGGUCGUCAGUUCGUACCGGUAGAAGUCUCCAUUUUCCGAGUCCAGACAGUCGAUACGCCGUCUAUCAUUGAGAGGAAAACCAGUGAGGAUACUCCUUCCCUGCCUCCGUCCAGUCCACCGCCAACGCCCAUAGAUCCGUCACCCUUGCAGCAGGCUCAGCAGGCCGCGGCUUCCGCGACCGCUCUCGCGGAGGCCCUUAAGCUGCCCGCCGAGGCUGCUGACAAGGAUUUCAUUGCACCGACAGCCGCAACCGCAACCUUAUCUUCCUCUUGUCCAGAGCGUAACGACCCCCCGACACCGCCACCCGCGGAUUCUCUUGAUGUGUCCCCCCAGAGACCACCCGGUUCAUCCCCAGACAGACCCCAUACGGAACCAACUCCCGCUCCCCCGAAACUAGAAGCUCUGCCGGUGGUAGAUACCGUUGUAGUCGCGAAUAAUCCGGAAGUCGCGGUUCAACAGAAUUACUCAGACUCGCCCAGCAGCACCGACGUGACCGCCCAAAAAUCCGAGAACGUCGACGAGACGCCGCUGCCUGUCGCGAUAACUGACGCCACGAACAGUAGUCCUGAUGCUCCGGCGAAACAACAGCAGGAGGAUACAACUUUGUCCGAGAGGAACGAGCAGAAAGAAGCAGUAAAAGAGGUACCGCCUCCUCCUCCGUUGGAGAAGAAAAUAGAGGCAAACGCGGAAGAGACCCACGAGAUCGAAGUCACCGAAACGAUAGAGAUACCUGCUUCCUCCGAGGCUGUUGCCGUGGUCGCGGAAAAGACGGAAGUUGUUGAACAGCUGGUAGAAUCUAAUGCCGUUUGCGAUGCUUCUAGCGCGCCUGUGGAAGAUAUUAAACCACCGCCGCUGGAGACGACUGUUGCCGAAGACUCGGCACAACCGGAGCAACCUGUCGAAUGUAGAAGAGAAGACACGCCGCCGAUCGAUUUAGCGGGACGCGUCGAGGAAUCGGUCGAAGAGAUCGUUGUAGUAGAGGAAGUCGUGCAGGAAGAAACUAUACCGGCGCAGGAAAUCGUAAUCGAUCCACCGAUCACGGUGUCCGACAUGAUCUUAGAAACGGAGGAAGGCCCUAUGCCUCUUUCGGAGGAAAUCGUCGUAGAAGCAAAACCAGCCGUUGUUAUUCCGGAAGACGAAGAAACCGUGGAGGAAACAGCGGACACCGACGCGGAUGUCUCGAAAGUGGACACGGAGUCUGUCGAAGUAAUACCCGACAUCGAAGACAAAUUGGAAACGGAAAUGGACGCCGACAUCGUCGUGCCCGCGGAGGAGGAAGAGCUCGUGGCCGACGAGCCGGAAGAUUUUCCGCCGAACGAAGCAACGAUCGAUCCUGUUCAACCGGUGACCGAGACCAUCGUUAUAAUUGAGGACGCUGUCAAGAAAGUGACGGAAGUAAUUGAAGUGUUAGAAGAGGACGAGGAUUCGAUGCCUCCGCCCGUACCGGAAUCGCCAAUGCCAGGACCAUGGGAAACGUUCACUGCCGAGAUGAUAAACAUUCGGGACGAUGCGACCACCGCAGUGCCUUCUCCUAUCGUAGACGUAGAACCACAGAUCGUGGAAGCAGAACGAUCGCAGGAAGUCGAAAAGCCUUCUUCGCAAACGGAACAAAUCGAACAAACCGAGGUACCAGAAGAAUACUCGCGCUCGGACGUUCCUCCGAGUCCUCUGGUGGACACGCCGGAAGUAUCGACUAACAGUCCAAGCUGCUCCCUGAACGAACAACCCAUGCCGGACGCGAACGAAUCUCAAACACAGUCAUCCCCAAGCAGACUCGAACCCGUUUCUUCCGAUCCAACGGACGAUCAUCCUCCCCCGGCACCUCGAGGCAUCGUUCAAAGCACAGAUUCUUUCGAGUAUCCCUUACCACCGGAAGAGCUCUCUUGCCCGUUAAUGACGAGUAGUAACGUAUCCGAAACGAAGAGCGAGAUUCCAGUUCCCGACGAGAACGUGCCCAGUCUAAGAAACCCGACAGAGACGCUUCUGACACCGCCCAGAAGUCCUAGUCCCCAGUCCAAUAUCAGUAUCACGUCCGGCCUGACAACAUCCACAAAAGACUCCUCGCAGACACAGUUUUACGAUGACCAGAGCAAUCGAGAGUUCAAGAUGGAAUCGGUGUCGAUAAGCCUCAAUUCGUACAAUGAGUCCGACAUUGAAUUAAAGGAGAGAUUAGCAGAGUCUCUGGCGGAGACUGAGAACCAGGAAGAGAGCUCGGUAUCGUGUCAGUUGUCGAACAACGCCACGUCGUCAACCACUGUCCAGGAGACCCAUCAGACCACUCCUGAAUCCGAGGCCCCAGUAGAAAAUAAUGUGGCCCACGACAGCACGACAGAAAGUUCAGAGGAGAAGAUUGCACCUCCUGCCGUCCUAACCGAGAUACCCGCCUCUCCGCCAUCCGCACCAGCCAUCACCGAAGAUGUUGCCUCCGUAGCCAAGGCUAUCGAAGAGAUUGACAUAAGCGAUAAGGCUGUCGCAGCGGCAACCAUAGAGUGCACCACGAACGAAAUCAUCGCGGACGCGCAUUACCAAAACAACGUGAACGAAUAAACGCCGCUAACCGAAUUGUAUUUUGGGAAGAAGAAAGUUCUUUUCUCUCGUUAAAACCAAAAAAGUAUAUUAUAUAGAUAUGUAUAUUUGGACCAUUCCUGCAAACUAAACCAGAAAAAUGAACGUUCUUUCGUUACGAGCAACAACAAAAAGAUAAAAAGAAUAAUACUAAUAACGAACACGGAAAAAAUAAUGAAAACUGAACGACAACGAUGUUACCGCGACAUCGCGAGAGCAUUAUAGACUUUAUAGUAGGCCUAUUAAUAAUUAUUAGACGGCAUUCGACGGCGGGGCGAAGGAGAAUGUUCACGCAUGGCUACGGUCGUAUCAUCGAGGAGAAUAGGGUUACGUAGACGAGUCAAAUAAAAACGGUUAAUUCUGAAAACGUGUUGUCUUUCGCAGGUGGUAGAUCUCGAGCCGGGUGAUUUUUACUGUACUUCUUCUCAACGUGAACCAUCGAAACGGAACAAAAAUUUUACAACGUUGGGCCGUGCCCAUUGGCAGGGUCUGAAUUUGGCCCUGCUCUGUAGAAACUGAAAAAGAAAGAACUGUAAUUGUUACUAAACUAAGCCGAAUUACGUGAUCAUCGCGCGGCGUACAGGCGACAAGAACGAACAUUUUGAAGGAAAAACGAUCGAGAACAUCGUUUGAGGAAAGAAUACUCGUCGGAUCGCGCCCUUCUGCUACGACUACAAUUGCUAUUGAGAGAGAGAAAGUGCGAUAAAGGGGAGAGACAGAAAGAAAGAGAAAAAGAGAGGUAGAGAGUGCAAGGCAUGAGGACAAGUGUAAUAAAAGGAAAGAUCAGGGAAACUGUGAAAUGGCACGGGCGUGUGUGUGUGUCGGUCAAAUGUGCGAUAGAGUGAGAGCUAGAUGGAGAGGAAGAGAGAGAUAGUGGACCGAGAGAAUGAAAGUUGAGUCAGGAGAGAGAAAGAAAGAUGAAAAGAGAAUGGAGGGGAGAAUUUGGAAUGUUAUCUUCGCCUGGAUUAUGAGAACACAGAAAAGAUAUAUGAAGUGAGAAAGCGGAGAACGGGAAAGGGAAAAAUUAAUUAAAGAAUAUGUCAAAGCGCACGAGUAAUGAAACACUCGAAUCGCGAUUUCAUGGAUUUUGCUCGUAUUUCUUUCGUGGUCCUUGGUCUUUUUGUAAUUGUACAAUCGAGAGGUUUUACGUUGUAACGAGGAACUGCACACACUUCUACGUAUGACUUCGGUACGCGAGAGCACACGACACACGAGUACACGAAAAACACCCAUAUGCAAGGACAAUUUUUACACGCGAGAACAUACGUACAUACGUAUCAUCAUACAACACACGAGA